AUGGUCACCACUAUCGCCAAUUAUACUCUCGGCGGGCUCUGGAUGUACUACCUCUUAGAGGAGGACAAGACCAAGCGUCUCGCAGAGGCCUACACGCCCAUUCCUCUCCCCGAUGAGCCUACCUACAACAGCAGUGAUGUCAGCAUCAUUGUUCCCACCAUCAACACUCCUGAUGAAUUCACGGACUGUCUUCGUCUGUGGCUUACGAACCAGCCAAAGGAGAUCAUUAUCGUAACCAUUGAGCGCGACCUCCAGCGCGUCUACGACCUGGUUCGCCCCGUGGUUACUGAGGGAGAUGAGCGCAUCAGCCUCAUGACUGCUGAUGUCGCCAACAAGCGCGAGCAGCUGCUUGUCGGCAUCAAGCACGCCAAGGGCAAGAUUCUCGCGCUGGUUGACGAUGAUGCCUUCUGGAAGUGCCAAGUCCUUCCCCACCUCCUGGCUCCCUUCGAGGACCCCAAGGUCGGUGGGGCUGUUGGCAAGCAGAGUGCCCAUUUCCCUGUGUGUCGCCGCAACCCAAACGUCAUCACCCCUUGGGAGGUUGCCUCUCUCCGUUCCCUCGAGAACCAGAACAAUGUCCAGGCUGUCCGAUUCGCCGCAGAUGGUAGCGUCUUCUGCCUCGUUGGUCGCACCCUCAUGAUGCGCGCCGAGAUCGCCCAGGACCCUCGUUUCCAGUACGAGAUCACUCACGAGUACUGGUGCGGCAAGCGUCAGAACACGGGCGAUGACGUCUUCAUCACCCGCUGGCUUGUCACCGAGGGAUGGAAGAUGUCUAUCCAGAACGCUCCCGAGGCGGAGAUUACCACCCUCGUCAUGCGCGACAGCGCCCUCCUGCGUCAGAUGGUUCGCUGGCAGCGCAACGCCAUCCAGUCCUUCCUGGUUACUGUCGUCUACAAGCCUGGUCUUCUCCAGCUCUACAAGAAGCACCCCUACAUGGCUCGCAAGCUCGUCGAGCGCCUUCUUCGCCCCAUCAUUGCUUGGGUCCAUAUCAUCGCCUUCAUCGUUGGCGUUUACCAGAAGUCGCCUGUCGCGUACUUCGUUGGCAUGUGGUACCUUUUGUCCAUGAUCGCCACUUACCGCGACUUUGUUCGCCGCUACCCUUGGGCUGAGGGUCACCUUGGCGCUGCUAUUCUCCUCGACAUUUGCUACCCGGUUGUCGACGUCUACUCUUGGCUCACUCUGAGCACCGAGGCCUGGGGCACCCGCAACGAGAACGCUUGA